CGCCUCAUGACGCAGCCGCAGACCAGCAGCGUCACAUGAGGCUGAUUAUCCAUCGGAGCCUCCAAACAACUCUUUCCUUUUCCCUAAUGACCCAGGCGUGAUCACCCAGCAGGACCUCUCCGGAUUCUUCUGCUCCGCUGCAGAAAACAAAGAAACUAAACGCAAAAACUGAUCAUGUCAGCAGCUGAAAAUGUGGACACAGCAGGGCUGAAGAGAGGCAUUGUGAUUAAAGACGAUUGGCCCGGAUACAGUCUGGAUCUGUUCACCUACCCAGAACAUUACCACGAGGACAUCGAGAACGUUUACAUCCCACACGGCAUCAUUAAGAACAGGAUAGAGCGUCUGGCCCACUACGUCAUGGAGGACUUUGAGGAGGACCAAAUGGUGGUGCUCUGCGUCCUGAAGGGAGGCUACAAGUUCUGCGUGGACCUGGUGGAGUUCAUAAAGACUCUGGGCCGCAACUCCAACCGCUACCUGGAGACGCGAGUGGAGUUCAUCCGUUUGAAGAGCUACCUGAACGACCAAUCAACGGAGGACCUGCACAUCGUGGGAAGCAGCGAUUUGUCUUUUCUGCGAGAAAAGAGCGUGCUCAUUGUGGAGGCCAUAGUCGACACAGGAAAGACCAUGAAGGCUCUCCUGAAGCACGUGGAGACCUUUCAACCCAAGAUGGUCAAGGUUGCGGGGCUGCUGGUAAAAAGGGUCCCGAACACGGCUGAAAGCCUGACAGACUACAUCGGAUUUGAAAUUCCCAACCGAUUCGUCGUGGGUUAUGCCCUGGACUACAAUGAAUACUUCCGUGACCUGAAUCACAUCUGUGUCAUCAGUAAAACUGGAAAGCUGAAGUACAAGAUUUGAGAUGUGCCGCUUUAAGUUUUAAUAUAUUUGUGGCAUCCCUCCUCCCUCGGUGAGAGACGCCAGGAUCAAAAAAAUGUGAGAAAAAACAGGCUGUCCUCGUCCAGGAGAGGACGCUGGUGACAGAUGGAGGAAGCUUCUGGACUCUGCUGGCAACCUCACGACCAGAUGAUGCCCACAUCGACUCACUGAGGCAGAAAGACCCACAGCAAACGCAGAAUCCACCUCUGACUUUAUCCAGAAACGACAGAAAACGAGGACCAAAACAUUUGGCUGCAAAGAUACUGAACAGAAGAAAUGUUCACCGACAUAAAUGUUAUUUUCUGUGUAUUAAAUCUUCCAGAAGAAGUUAAAAGAUGUGGCUGUA